GCAAUGAUAUUACUGCCAGUGAUGUCAUCUCUCAUUCAAAAGAGGAGAAACCGCGUGAAGAAGUAGAACUGGAGAGGAAAGCACGCAAGGAAGCCAAGAAAGCGAAGAAAAAGGGAGUAAAUAAAGAGAACGAAAAAGUAGAGGCAGAAGUAAAUAAUGGAAGUAAAGUGGAGGUGAAUCAUGAAACUCCCAAAAAUGUGCAAGCUCUUCAGAAACCAUCGUCUUCAGGUGAAGGGCAACAGGGCAAACCUGCAAAACCAGUUCAGGAGGCUAAGAGUAAAGAUGCAGAUUCCUCUGGAAAAUCAAAGGCAGACCUGAAGCGUGAACGACGGGAGAAACAGGAGGCUCAGAGGAAAGCAAAGAUGGAAGCAAAAGCACAAGAAACAGAGAAGACACAGAAACAACCUCAGCAAGGUGGCAAAGAUAAAACACUGUCACAGCCACCAAAGAAAAAGUCAGAUGUUGAGGUGAAGAGAGGAAGGGACAAGAAGAGCGCUGAUAAAGAACAUAGUGAAAGAAGAGUUCCCCUCUUGGGUCAUCUCACUCCAUUUUUGUCUCAACCGCCAUCUCAUCCAGUAAACUGUGAUUUCAUUCACCCAGCUAUAAGGACUUUAGGAAUUAAGAUGAAGGAACGUGUGAUUGAUGGUUCUACAGCCAGAGUGGUUUCAAUGUUAGCAGCUUUCAAGAGAGUUAUCAAUGAUUACCAGACGCCAGAAGCAUGUGAUCUUCACAGGGAUCUAGCAGAGAAAUUAGUUUCAAACAUGGCAUUUCUCCGCUCUUGUAGACCCCAAAAUAUAGCAAUGGAUAAUGCUAUCAGGUUUUUGAAGCAUGAAGUUAACAGUAUUGGUCCUACCGUGCCAGAAGCUCAAGCUAAAGAUGAGUUGCGAUCAUCAAUAGAUGAAUAUAUCAGGGAAAAUAUCAUCCUUGCUAGUAGUACUAUAGCAUCUCAUGCUGCACAGGUCAUAAAAGAUGGAGAUGUGAUUCUCACCUUUGGGUAUUCAGCAUUAGUUAGUGAUGUAGUGGAAGCAGCCUUAUCAAGAGGUGAAAAAGUUAGUGUUGUCGUAGCAGAUACUCCUCAUCCUCCCUCAGGGGCAGCAAUGGCAAAGAGACUUGCUGACCUUGGUGUUACAACUCAUUAUAGGUUAAUCACGGAAGUUUCACAUAUUAUGAAUAAGGUUACAAAAGUCAUAGUUGAAGCUGAAUCUGUGAUGAUGAAUGGAGCUGUGCAGGGCCUUUGUGGUACUGCAGGCCUUGCUCUGGCAGCUGCAAUUCAUGACACACCAUUCAUAGUCUUGUGCCACACUUACAAGUUCUGCAACAAUGAUCUCACUGAUUCUCUGGUUCUGAAUGAAUUAGGAGAUGCAGAUAGUGUCGUAUCUUGUAAUGGCGAGUUUUACAAUCUUCUUUCGGAUUGGAGAAGUACGCCAAACUUGAAUGUUGUGAGCCUUGUAUAUGACAUCACACCUGCCAACCUUGUAACUGCUCUUAUUACAGAGCAGAACGUACUUCCAACUUCAGCUGUGCCAGUUAUAAUUAGACGUAAUUAUGCAGAUAUUUUAGGACAAGACUGAAUUUUUAAGUGUGUAUGAUGAUUAACAUUUAUAGUCUUUCUCAGCAUUUUUUUAGUUUUCAUCCCAGUGUCUCAAAUUUUGGUGCUUUUACAGUACUUUGCUUUCCUCUUAAUUGCAAUCCUUCAGUGAUUUAAUAGUAACCUUACCCAGAGAUUAGCCUAUGUAUUGUAUGUACCUUACAAUUUCAGUAAACAGUAGCAGCACACCAUCCUAAUUUUUUGUGACAUUCAGUUUUCAAUCUUAUAAAGGUUUUGAACUUAUAAAUAAAUGAAAGGUUAUGUCAGCUACAUUUAUUGUAAGUGAUUCAUAAUUUACAAAUUAUGUUAAUUUCAUUUUGUAUAAUUUUUAGCUUUUUGGGGGGUUUCCAGAUUAAUUUAGCAGUUUAAGCUUUUGGUGUAUUUAAGCAUGUUUCUUUUUUCAAUGAAGAUUGGUUUUUAUUUUUUUGGCAAGAAAAUUUGGGCGAUUCAUUUUAUAAAAUUAGGUAAUAGUAAGCUUGUAACUAUGCAUUUUCAGUGAAAGAGAAGUUUAUUCAAAUAGUACCAUGGAAAUUUUUUUUCACCUUUUCUAUCUUUGUACAGCACCUAUACAUAUAUGCCAAAUGUUUUAGUGUUGUACAGUGCUUGGAUCAUUUGAAUACUGCAAAUUAAUAUUUAUCCUCAAUGUUUUCAAGUGUAUUUAAUUAUGACUGUGUGGAAUGCAGAUGGCAGGUUUAUAUACUGUAAUUAAUUGAGAGGUUUUUAUGCAAACAGUAGUGUUAGGUUGUACACAAAGUAAGUGGUAUUGUUAUGGUAGUCAGUCAUAUAUCACAGGAGUCAAAUGCACAAGAGGUUUUGUACUUGCCAUGAACUGUUAAUUAAGCUGUCAUCUCCAUCUUCCUUGCAUUCAUUGCUGUAUUCUGUUUUAGUCACUGUAUUCUUUUAGAUUUCUCUUGUAUGAAACCAGGACUGACCCUCAAGAUUGUUAUCCCAGUGCUGUUUGUUUUUGAAUGUGACAUGGACAUUCUUUGUAUAUAUGAAGUAUAUAAAGUUCCUCUCAA